AUGCCUAUUCAGCUGACAAGUCAGGCUUACUGUAAAAUGCUCCUGCACGCCGCCAAGUAUCCGCACAGCGCCGUCAACGGCUUGCUGGUUGCUGAAAAAGCCAAAGAGAAAAAGAAAGACUACCACGAGCCCGUCUUGUGUGUGGACUGCGUACCGCUCUUCCAUGGCACUCUGGCGCUUGCACCAAUGUUAGAAGUUGCUUUAAACCUGAUUGACACUUGGUGUAAAGAAAACAAUUAUGUCAUCGCUGGAUACUAUCAAGCCAAUGAACGCACAAAGGAUUCAAGGCCUAACCAAGUUGCGGAAAAAGUGGCAGCAAGGAUUGCUGAAUGCUUCAGUGAAGCUGCAAUUGUUAUGGUGGACAGCGGCAGAUUGAAAAUGAGCUGCCGUGAGCCUAUUGUGCUCAUUUAUGAUCAUCAUGAAAAUAAAUGGAGAAGCAGAGAUGUCAGUCUCGAUUCCUUUGAGGACUGGGGUGAAGCACAGAAGAUUACGUCAGCUCUACUGGAGGGAAGGUCCUACGAGAACUUAAUGGACUUUGACAAUCACCUGGACGACCUCAGGAAUGAUUGGACUAACCCAGUCAUCAACAAGUCAGUUCUGGAUCUGUGUUAA